AUGACGCAACAAGUCUCCCAGAAGAAGCAACAAGAGCUGCAGCAGCAGUACGAGAUCUACAAAAAUGGCCUUCAACAGAUAGCCUCGAAAAUCGGCGACGUCGAGACGGAAGCAGAGGAACAUAGUCUAAAAACCGUUGGCUCUGUUUUCAACGGCACAGAUGUUAAGGUUUCCACUACGAAGAAAAAAGCUAUAAUAAGCUCCAAACUCACCGCCGGCAACGCCAUGCUGACCGCUCUUGUACAUAGACUUGUGCUGGAUACUCUCGAACCCCUUCCUGUCGAUAGAAAAUGCUUCCGCAUGAUCAAUGGAGUCUUGGUGGAGCGGACGGUGAAGGAUGUUGUGCCGGCGCUGAAGACGAAUUCGGAGGGGCUGAAGAAGGUGUUGGAGGAGCUGAUGAAGCAAUACCGGUCCAAGCAGAGUGAGAUGGACACUUGGAAGAAGAAGCACAAUAUUCAGGGCAAGUUCUAUCUUUUUCUUGAACAUGUUUUGAGACUUGUCAUGAGAUCUGUCUUGAGAAUUCCGCUCUCAGCUGCUCCACCAUAUCCUAGAACCCACACUAACCUGCGUAUAGUUGUCUCUCAAUAG